CCUUAAUAGAAAAUUCCGAAAAUUGGACCUAUUUGGUAAUUCAUAUAGUGACGAAUUACGAGUCAUCGCAUCGGUUGACAUUGCGCCAGUUGGCGACUGUGUAUUGGGCGUCGCUUACGCUGUCGAAAUAUGAUCCGUGUGACAGGUAAAUGCGGGGAGCACCAAAAGCAUGAAAUCAAACUUCACCACUAUCCGACAGACCACGGUUCCAAUCGUACUGCGCGCGCGGAAGCACAUGCUCGUUGGCUGUUAUAGCAGCAGUGUGGAUCGGGGAGCGUGAGUGGGAAUGAGCGAAAAGAAAUUACAUCCGAAAGAAAGAAAGAUCCAACGGUACAUACCAUCCUCGCGAGCUCAGUCGGUUGCGCUUCCAGACGGGCUGAGUCAGUUGGUUUCUAACUUUCGUGGACUGUAAACAUGUCCUAGUAGUGUCGUGGUCGGUCGGAUGUGUUGUGUGGUGACGUGAUUAUUGUCAACGGAUUACGCAGAAUGCCAGUGUGGUUCGAGUGGUGCUAUUUCGGUUUGAAUUGAUCCGACCACCCCUAUUGCACAAAGUAUGCCGGAUAUCGAUGUCGCUUGACUCAGUGAAUAAAAAGUGUAUACCAAAAGCAUAACAAUAUUCAAGGGAAGAAGAGUGGAUGACCCAUUUCAGUGCAAGCCAAAUCGGUGGUAUACGUGAAGAAUCUAGUCGAAGAAGUGAAACCACAAGUUAGGAGCAGGGAACAAAAGAAAGUACAAUUGGGCCAGUGGGCGGAAUUUUACAACCUGUUGCCUGCGCUGCUAUACGGGUAAAAGACCUGUUUGGAUGUGGCGCUAUACAUGUCUUCCUUCGGCACUGGAAUCUUUCCCGACGCACUGGUAUGCUGGCUGGUAUGAUUGGACUGGAUGCUAACUGACCACCGAGACGAAAAGACCGGCUAACACGUGCUUUUAGCUGCAUCUAUCGCGAUCGAGCCGCAUAGCUCGAAAUGCCGUAAUGAUGGACACCACCAGGUUACGAUAAAAGGCCCAAUAUCAAAUAAGUUGAAUCCGUUCGUUUCAUUGGAGCUCUCUCUCUGGGAGUGGAUUGUUUGAAAGAGCUAAUCAACGUCUGAUAACACGCACAGCUAGAGCAACGAACACGCCGAAAAAUGAGCGAGCUGGUAGGAGCCGCAUUUGGCUCCGUCGCAACAGCCGCCUCCAGUGUGGGCUGGUUCGUGCCCAUGCUAGUGGCGGCUAUUGCCUACUUCCAGUACGAAGAAUUUAUGGAUCCGGAGGCGAGAGUCAUGGACGUACCGACCGAUGCGAUGUUAGAUAAAUAUGACUUCAUAAUAAUAGGUGCCGGUUCGGCAGGCGCAGUACUGGCGAAUCGGCUGACCGAGGUGGAAAACUGGAAUGUCUUGGUGCUGGAAGCCGGCGGGGAUGAGACGGAGAUAUCAGAAGUACCACUGAUGGCGGGAUAUCUGCAGUUGAGUAAACUGGAUUGGAAAUACAAAACGGAACCUUCGGGAACGUACUGUCUCGCUAUGGUUGGAGGACGAUGCAAUUGGCCGCGAGGCAAAGUCUUGGGAGGAUCUAGUGUACUCAACUACAUGCUGUAUUUGCGAGGAAACAAGAAGGACUAUGACCAAUGGGAGCAGUUGGGCAAUACAGGCUGGGGCUAUAAGGAUGCACUGUAUUACUUCAAGAAAUCGGAAGAUAACACCAACCCGUACUUGGCAAAUACACCGUAUCAUUCGACUGGAGGAUACCUAACAGUUGGUGAAGCACCUUAUCACACGCCAUUGGCGGCGGCAUUUGUGGAAGCAGGUGUGGAGAUGGGAUACGACAACAGGGACUUGAAUGGAGCUAAGGCGACCGGGUUCAUGAUCGCUCAAGGAACGAUCCGGCGAGGAGGGCGAUGUAGUACCGGGAAGGCGUUUUUGAGACCGGCAAGGCUGCGACCCAAUUUACAUGUUGCGAUGUAUUCACAUGUGACUCGGAUACUGAUCGAUCCGGUUACUAAAGUAGCGUUUGGGGUGGAGUUCAUCAGAGAUCGUAAGAUUCAUGUGGUCCGAGCAUCCAAAGAGGUUAUACUAUCUGGAGGAGCGAUAAACUCUCCCCAAAUAUUGAUGCUGUCAGGAAUUGGACCUAAAACAGAAUUGGCAAAGCAUAGAAUCCCAUUAAUCAAAGAUCUCUCAGUUGGUGAGAAUUUGCAAGAUCACGUUGCCUUGUGUGGUCUUACAUUUUUGGUGAAUCAACCAGUUUCAAUUGUGGAGCAUCGGUAUCAUACUGUCUCAACGGUCUUACAAUAUGCUGUGCUGGGACAAGGACCCCUUACUGUUCUGGGUGGCGUAGAAGGACUUGCCUUCGUCAACACGAAAUAUGUAAACGCAACCGACGAUUUUCCGGACAUUGAGUUCCAUUUUGUAUCUGGAUCUACAAACUCCGAUGGUGGAAAUCAACUACGCAAAGCGCACGGUUUGACAGACUCAUUUUACAAUGCCGUAUUUGCGCCAAUAAACAACAUGGAUUCUUGGAGUAUCAUUCCUAUGUUGCUUCGGCCAAAAAGUAUAGGUCAGAUCAAGUUGCGAAGCAGUAAUCCACUGGAUUACCCCUACAUUUAUGCAAACUAUUUCCAGGACGAACUUGACUUGAAAACAUUGAUUGAAGGCGCCAAAAUUGCAUACGCUGUAUCGCGAACGCAAACCAUGCAGAAAUUCCAGUCCACCAUGAGUGGUUACAAAUUCCCAGGAUGCGCGCACAUUAAAAUGUUCACAGAUUUGUAUUGGGAGUGCAUGAUACGGCACUACACUUGCACCAUUUACCACCCCGUCGGGACAUGCAAAAUGGGUCCCUACUGGGACAAGCAGGCCGUGGUAGAUCCGCAGCUCCGGGUGUACGGUGUUCGCGGGCUGCGGGUGAUUGACGCCAGUAUUAUGCCUUUACUGGUCAGUGCAAACACCAAUGCACCAGUGAUAAUGAUUGCGGAAAAAGGUGCCGAUAUGAUCAAAGAUUUCUGGAUCAAACGAAGUGUAGUCAAGACGUAGGUGUGGUAAUCUGCUCGCUCUGCACAGUUCUGUAAAUAUUAGGCCACGACAGUAGUAUGAUUUAUUUAUUUUGACCACUAAGCGUACGAACAUCAUGUGUCAUCCAUUAGUUUUUAGGAAUUGUAAAAAGCGCUUUAGCAUAGGAAACUAUUGUGAUCUGGGACCGUAAUGGGACCGUAAUCCGAGAAGAUUGAAUGCAACUUCAACAUGAACAAUAGAAUAAUCGGUAUAGACAUAAUAGAAGUUAUUUUUCACAGUGAGUAGUGGAAUUCCAAAUGAAUGUAGUAACAAUGACAUAGACUUAUUAUAAAACAUACAAUAAAGUUUAAGAUAUUCACAAACCCAAAAGACAAAUAGGUGUUCAAUAAUUAUUAUGAAAUUCUAUUGUACUUUUAUUACACUUUAUAUUGGGAUAUACAUUUAAAAAGAUAUCACAUGCCAUUUGAAUCGAUGA